AUGUCCAGAACCCGAAUGGCCCUCGCUCCUGACCCAAUGGAUAAUUCUGGAUACAUCGGCCGAUUUGAGGCUGCCACAGGGGCCGAAUUUCCCUCCCAUCGAGCGAAGCGAGUUCGAUAUGAGGAUCCCGUGUUUUUUCCGUCAGAUGGCCCAACGACGACAGCCAUCCACCUUCAACAACCAGACUCAGAGUGGACGCCGGUGAAUAGACAAGAGCAGGACCAAACGCUCUCCCAUGGUAUUACGCGCCGUUCAUCACCACCAGGUGAAACCAGUGGUCGCCCGAAGCGAGCUCGUGAUGAAUCGCAAGAAAUCGGCCCAUCCGUUGUCGGGAAACAAGAUAAACUCAGUCGUCCUUUCGGAAGCUUCUCGGAACAAGCGUUUGAGAAGAUCUUGAAGGCUCACAACUCCCGAAGCUUUCCGUAUUUAAAAUUAGCUGACAUUAGUCCCGCGUCGGUGCAAUUGGAUAGUUCCAUCAGACUUGGCCAACCAAUCAUGGGUGAUUAUUCUCAAGAAAUCAAUGCGUACACGGGCAGGUAUGAGGUUUUGAUCGAAGACAUAUUGGAAACGGCGCACAAGCUCCCAAACGCGUAUGUAGGAAGAAAGACACGGGGAUGGCCUGCCACGGUAGUCCGACCUCGCCACGCAGAGAUUGAAGGAGAAAUCAUAUUAGUACUCCCUACGAAAGAUGGUGAUUGGCGUGAUGCGAAAAGUCUGGUAAAACAAUUUAAAAGCCUCCAUAGAUGGAUUGUCUACGUUCAUCAUCUGUUGCUGAAGAAUAAUAAUAAUCCAACGAGCAGCUCUCUGCAGGCAUCUUAUCAUCAAGAGAUGUUACUCUGGCUCUUUGGUGAAGUUUUUAACCCAAAGGUAGGACUUCCUGUCAUCGGCAGAUUGGAUCAAGCUUCCUCUAACAGGCAAGUAUUUGGGCCCCCCCAACGUUGGAUCAUGGAGUUCUUGGUAGAUAAGAAGACUGCCUGUACAGUAUCUUUGGCUCUUUUAGGGAUCUGGUACUUGAACGCGAAGUCUGAAGAAUGGCAGAAAGAAUUCAGGACCGAUGAAAAUUUUUGGUCACGGAUGACCACGUUAAUCAACAACGAUGCCAAAGCAGGAACGGAAGCUACUGGAAUUCAUCUGCGCCUCAAGAAAAGAAAAAAAUAUGAAGUCAAGAGAAACAGUAAUAACAUGGUUGAGCCCCAACCAAGAAAGACCAUUGCUCAGAUAGAUAAUUUUCGGCUUCUGACACCCGUGCAACCAGACAGUAAAGAUACACAAGUCGGAUUAGACAAGAAAUCUUCUGAAUUACCUGGAAAAGUUCUCAAGAUCCGCAUUCUUAGCAUUGAAUACUAG